AUGUGUGUCAGUGUUGGCGGUGUUGAAUCACACCUGGAGGCCCGUCGUUCAGCUCUCAGGAUGGAGGUGGUUGGUGAUCCCUGUGGCUCUGCGCUGAGUGGGCUGUUUACUUUGCUCCGUGCUGUAGUGAGUGUGGGCGUGCUCAGUUUACCGGAGGGCCUGUCGUUGCACAGAGACCAGCCGGUGAGGGUGGGCAAGAGUGCAGAGGCCAGCACCCACAGCCAGUCUGAACUACGCUCCAUCGAACAGUGUUUACUGGCCACCAGAGUGGGCAGCAUCUCUGAACUCAGUGACCUGGUGUCGCGGGCCAUGCACCACCUCCAGCCCCUGUACUCCAAGAACCACAACAACGGCACUCCCAUCCACCAGAAGAGCAGCCUGAUGCACUGGGCGCCCGAGGCCAUCUACACGCUCUGCUACUUCAUGCACUGUCCUGAGAUGGAGUGGGAGAACCCCAACGUGGAGCCCUCCAAGGUCACGCUACAGACGGAGCGGCCGUUCGUGACGCUGCCUCCGCUGAUGGAGUGGGUGCGUGUGGCUGCGGUCCACACUGAGCACCGACGCAGCUUCUCCGUGGACAGUGAUGAUGUGCGGCAGGCGGCCCGGCUCCUGCUGCCCGGAGUGGACUGUGAGCCGCGGCAGCUCAGAACGGAUGAUUUCUUCUGCGCCUCAAGGAAACUGGAUGCAGCGUCAACUGAAGCCAAGUUCCUGCAGGACCUGGGUUUCCGGAUGCUGAACUGCGGACGCACUGAUUUGGUAAAGCAAGCCGUGAACCUGCUGGGCCCCGAUGGCAUCAACAGCACCAACGAGCAGGGCAUGACUCCGCUGAUGUAUGCGUGCGUCCGCGGGGAUGAGGCCAUGGUGCAGAUGCUGCUGGACGCCGGGGCCGAUAUCAACAGCGAGGUGCCAAACUCAGUGCACAAGCAUCCCUCAGUGUUCCCUGAAACGCGGCAGGCCACGCCCCUCACAUUUGCUGUCUUACACGGACAUGUGCCUGUGGUGCAGCUGCUGCUUGAUGCCAAAGCCAACGUGGAGGGCUCCCUGCAGGACGGGAUGGAGAACUACACUGAGACACCACUGCAGCUGGCAGCCGCUGCAGGUAACUUCGAGCUGGUGAGUCUGCUGUUGGAGCGGGGCGCGGACCCCAUGGUGGGAACCAUGUAUCGUAAUGGCAUCUCCACCGCGCCGCAGGGAGACAUGAACUCCUACAGUUUAGCCGCAGCACACGGCCACAGAAAUAUCUUCCGGAAGUUGCUGUCCCACACAGAGAAGGAGAAAGCGGACAUUGUGUCGCUGGAAGAAAUUCUCGCAGAAGGCUCGGAUCUGGAGGGAAGGAGUCCGUCUCAGAUUGAUCUCAUCAGAAGUGGAAAAGCCAGACUCAAGGCCUUGAAAGAAGCCAUGUACCACAGUUCAGAACACAGUCACGUAGACAUCACCAUCGACAUACGGAGCAUGGGAGUCCCGUGGACAUUGCACACUUGGCUGGAGUCUCUGCGCACGUGUUUCCUCCAGCACCGCCGACCGCUGAUCCAGGGCCUUCUGAAGGAGUUUAGCUGCAUCGAGGAGGAGGAGUACACAGAGGAGCUCAUUACACACGGCCUGCCGCUCAUGUUCCAAAUCCUCAGAGCCAGCAAGAAUGAGGUAAUCAGCCAGCAACUAGCUGCCAUUUUCACUCAGUGUUACGGCCCCUACCCCAUCCCCAAACUGGUCGAGAUUAAAAGGAAGCCAUCAUCUCGCUUGGAUCCUCACUUCCUGAACAACAAAGACAUGUCCGACGUGACCUUUUUGGUGGAGGGAAAACCUUUCUAUGCCCACAAAGUGCUGCUGUUUACGGCCUCCAACAGGUUCAAGACUCUGUUGGCGAACAGGCCGUGUGGUGAAAACACCUGCAUUGAAAUCAGCAAUGUGAAAUACCUAAUUUUUCAGAUGGUGAUGCAGUAUCUGUACUACGGAGGCACUGAAGCGGUGCACAUCAGGAAUACUGACAUCAUGGAGCUGCUGUCUGCUGCCAAGUUCUUCCAGUUGGAGGCAUUACAACGACACUGUGAGAUCAUCUGCUCCAAGAACAUUAACACGGAGACUUGUGUGGAGCUCUACAACCACACCAAGUUCCUCGACGCUCCAGACCUGGCAUCCUACAUCGAAGGCUUUUUCUUGAAAAACAUGGUGAUUCUAAUCGAGCUGGAGCCAUUCAAGCAGCUCCUGUACGACUCGGCCCCCGACAGUCCCGGCUGCGAGAUCCUGCACGACCUGGAGAAGACCCUCGCCACCCGGAUCCAGUCCAUCCACUUGUCCUCCUCCAAAGGGUCCGUCGUUUGA